AUGCAGAAAUUAUUAGGUUAUGCACUUGCAUUUGGAGCAGGUAUUAGUACUGCAAAACUCUUACAAUGGUUUCCAGUAGCAAAUCAACAUCAACAUGGUGAACAAACACCUGGAUCAAAGAUGACUAUGAAAGGACGUAUUCUUGAUAUGGGUGCUCGUAUGGCCGGUCAUUUUGCUCCAAUAAAUUCAAUUCAUCAACAUGUGUGUGGUUUUCAUUUUUAUUCUGGUGAACUUAAUCGUCAAUUGAUUGCUCAUCAUUAUUGUUCACAUAUAAAUCAAGAUGUUCGUCAAUGUGUUAUUUAUGAUAGUGAUCGUGCAGAUGCACGUCUUAUUGGUAUUGAAUAUAUUAUUUCAGAAAAAAUUUUUAAUCAAUUACCACCAGAAGAAAAGAAACUAUGGCACUCACAUGUAUAUGAAGUUAAAAGUGGUGAAUUAAUUACACCAGGUGUACCAGAUAUAGCUGAAAAAGAAGUCAUGAAAGAAUUAAUUAAUACAUAUGGAAAAACCUUUCAUACAUGGCAAAUUGAUCGUGGUGAUACAAUUCCUUUGGGUGUUCCACAAUUAAUGAUGGCAUUUUUACAAGAUGGACAAAUAAAUGAAGAUUUAGUACGUCAACGAGAUGAGUAUUAUAAAGUUUCAACAGAAGACAAGAAACGUCAACGAGCGGAUAUUGAACCUCCAAAAGAUACACAUGGAGCUGAUGCUUGGUCAAAAUCAGGCAAAGCCGUGCAAUUAACAACCAGUGAAUCAAAAAUGAAAACGACCAAAUGGUCAUUGUUUUAA